AUGGAAAACCAGAUCAGUGUGGUGGAGAGAGGGGUGUUCGACGACAUGAAAGAGCUGGAGCGACUGCGCCUGAAUCGGAACCAGCUGCAUACUUUGCCAGAGCUGCUGUUCCAGAAUAACCAAGCCUUGUCACGGCUAGACCUGAGUGAGAAUCUCCUCCAGGCUGUUCCCAGGAAGGCGUUUCGUGGAGCAACUGACCUCAAAAAUCUGCAAUUGGACAAGAAUCACAUCAGUUGCAUUGAGGAAGGGGCCUUCCGUGCUCUCCGUGGCCUGGAGGUUUUGACUCUGAACAACAACAACAUCAGCACCAUCCCCAUCUCCAGCUUCAACCAUAUGCCCAAACUUCGCACCUUCCGUUUGCACUCCAACCAGCUGUUCUGCGAUUGCCACUUGGGCUGGCUUUCCCAGUGGCUGCGUCAGCGCCCCACCAUUGGGCUGUUCACACAGUGCGCUGGUCCGGCUUCACUACGUGGCCUCAAUGUUGCAGAGAUCCAGAAGAAUGAAUUCAGCUGCUCAGGCCAGAAUGAUGCAGCGAGGGUCCAGAUCUGCAGUUUUUCAUCUGGUUCCUGCCCUGCCAUGUGCACCUGCAGCAACGGCAUCGUGGACUGCCGUGGCAAGGGCUUGACAGCCAUCCCAGCCAAUUUGCCUGAGACCAUGACAGAGAUACGCUUGGAGUUGAAUGGCAUCAAGUCCAUCCCUCCUGGAGCCUUCUCAUCGUACAAGAAGCUUCGUAGGAUAGACCUGAGCAACAACCAGAUCUCAGAGAUAGCACCUGAUGCCUUCCAAGGCCUGCGGUCACUCAACUCUCUAGUCCUAUAUGGGAACAAGAUCACAGAGCUGCCCAAAGGGGUGUUCGGGGGACUGUAUGCACUGCAAUUACUGCUCCUGAAUGCCAACAAGAUUAACUGCAUCCGGGCAGAUGCCUUUGCUGAUCUGCAGAACCUGUCACUGCUUUCGCUCUAUGACAACAAGAUCCAGACCUUGGCUAAGGGCACCUUUGCCACCUUGCGUGCCAUCCAGACCCUUCAUCUAGCCCAGAACCCCUUUAUCUGUGACUGCAACCUGAAGUGGCUGGCAGACUUCUUGCGGGCCAAUCCUAUUGAGACAAGCGGUGCUCGCUGUGCCAGCCCCCGCCGCUUGGCCAACAAACGCAUCGGACAGAUCAAGAGCAAGAAAUUCCGCUGCUCGCCCAAAGAGCAGUAUUUCAUUCCAGGUACAGAAGAUUACCAGUUGAACAGUGAAUGCCACAGUGAUGUGGUCUGCCCUCCCAAGUGCCGCUGUGAAGCCAAUGUGGUGGAGUGUUCCAAUCUGAAACUGACAAAGAUCCCAGAGCGCCUUCCACAGGCCACAGCUGAGUUGCGCCUAAAUAAUAAUGAGAUCACAGUGCUGGAAGCUACAGGCAUCUUCAAGAAGCUCCCUCACCUAAAGAAAAUAAAUCUGAGCAACAACAAGGUGUCAGAGAUUGAGGAUGGGGCCUUUGAGGGGGCGGCCUCAGUCAGUGAAUUGCACCUGACUGCUAAUCAGCUGGAGUCAGUGCGCAGUGCCAUGUUCCGGGGCCUUGAUGGGCUGAGGACAUUAAUGUUAAGGAACAACCGUAUCAACUGCAUCCACAACGACAGCUUCACCGGGCUGCGCAAUGUGCGCCUUCUCUCUUUGUAUGACAACCAGAUCAGCACCAUUGCACCUGGUGCUUUUGACACAUUGCAGUCACUCUCUACACUGAACUUGCUGGCUAACCCCUUCAAUUGCAAUUGCCGCCUGGCCUGGCUAGGUGACUGGCUUCGCAGGAGGAAGAUUGUUACAGGGAACCCACGCUGCCAUAACCCAGACUUCCUACGUCAAAUCCCACUGCAGGAUGUGGCCUUCCCUGACUUCAGGUGUGAGGAAGGUCAGGAGGAGACAAGCUGUUUCCCGCGCCCUCAGUGCCCCCAGGAGUGCACAUGCCUGGACACUGUCGUUCGUUGCAGCAACAAGCAUCUGAAAUCCCUCCCCAAGGGGAUCCCCAAGAAUGUCACAGAACUCUAUCUGGAUGGCAAUCAAUUCACCCUGGUCCCUGGGCAGCUCUCCACCUUCCGUUACCUUCAGCUGGUGGACCUGAGCAACAACAAGAUCAGCUCCCUCAGCAACUCCUCCUUCACCAAUAUGAGCCAGCUCACCACCUUGAUUCUCAGCUACAACGCACUCCAGUGCAUCCCCCCACUGGCCUUUGAAGGUCUCCGUUCUCUGCGACUGCUAUCCCUCCAUGGAAAUGAUAUCGCCACCCUCCCAGAGGGGAUCUUUGCCGAUGUCAUCUCCCUGUCUCACCUAGCCAUCGGUGCCAACCCACUGUACUGUGAUUGCCACAUGCGCUGGCUCUCAGGCUGGGUCAAAACCGGUUACAAAGAGCCUGGCAUCGCCCGUUGUGCCGGCCCUGCUGAUAUGGAGGGCAAACUGCUGCUCACAACUCCAGCCAAAAAGUUUGAGUGCCAAGGCCCUCUUCCCCUGAGCAUCCAGGCCAAGUGUAACCCCUGCUUCUCCAACCCAUGCCAAAACAAGGGCACCUGUCACCAAGACCCUCUGGUUUCUUAUCGCUGUACGUGCUCCAGUGGCUAUAAGGGUCGAAACUGUGAAGUCUCUCUUGAUGGUUGCUCCAGUAGCCCCUGUGAGAACGGCGGGACUUGUCUGCCUCAUGAAGGGGAUGGAGCCAGUUUCACGUGUUCCUGCAUGGAUGGAUUUGAAGGACCAACCUGCAGUCUGAAGACCAACCAUUGUAACAACAACCACUGCAAGAAUGGUGCCACAUGCGUCAACGGCUCCAUCAAUUAUUCAUGCUUGUGUCUUCCCUUCUAUACAGGGACUUACUGUGAGCAGCUUGUGGAUGUCUGUUCUCCAGAGCUCAACCCCUGCCAACAUGAUGCCAAAUGCAGGGUUUCCCCUGAUGGACCCAAGUGUGAGUGCGUGCCUGGCUAUGUGGGAGAUAACUGCAGUGUGGACUAUGAUGACUGCCUAGACCACCAGUGUCAGAACAAUGCACAGUGCCUUGAUGAACCAAAUGGGUACUCCUGUUUUUGCACUGGAGGCUACAGUGGCCAGCUUUGUGAGAUCCCACCCCAUGGCUCCCUCCAGCCCAGCCCCUGCGAGAGAGCAGAGUGCCAGAAUGGUGCCAACUGUGUGGAGUUAAGCAGUCGUGCCUUAUGCCAGUGCCUUCCUGGCUUUGGAGGCCCCAAAUGUGAGAAGCUUCUGAGUGUCAACUUUAUAGACAGGGACACAUACCUCCAAUUCACCGACCUGCAAAAUUGGCCCAGUGCUAACAUCACUCUGCAGGUCUCUACAGCUGAGGACAAUGGGAUCCUCUUGUACAAUGGAGACACUGACCACAUGGCGGUGGAGCUAUACCAAGGCCAUGUGCGUGUCAGCUAUGACCCAGGCACCUACCCCAGCUCUGCCAUUUACAGUGCAGAGACCAUCAAUGAUGGGCAGUUCCAUACAGUGGAACUUGUGACGUUUGAGCGAAUGGUGAACCUCUCCAUUGAUGGAGGCGACCCCAUGACCAUGGAUGGCUUUGGCAAGGCACACUCUGAACUCUGAGGCUCCACUCUACGUGGGGGGGAUGCCUGUGGAUGUGAACUCUGCUGCUUCCGCCUCUGGCAGCUCUUGAACGGCUCAAGCUUCCAUGGCUGCAUCCGCAACUUGUACAUCAAUAAUGAACUGCAGGACUUUACCAAGACCCAGAUGAAGCCAGGAGUGGUGCCUGGCUGUGAGCCUUGCCGCAAGCUCUACUGCCUGCAUGGCAUUUGCCAGCCCAACACUGCUCAUGGCCCCAUUUGCCAUUGUGACCCAGGCUGGGUUGGGCCCCAUUGUGACCAGCCCAUUAGCAACCCCUGCCAGGGGAACAAAUGUGUACAUGGAAUUUGUGUCCCCCUUGAUGCGCUCUCCUAUAGCUGCCAGUGCCAGGAUGGUUACAAGGGGGCCUUAUGCAAUCAGCAAGGGGAGCUCCACAACCCAUGCAAAGAUCUGCAGUGUGUCCAUGGUCAGUGUCAGAUCUCAGACACAGGUGAAGCCUUCUGUGAAUGCAACGGGGGAUUCGAUGGCGACCUCUGUGAGCAAGAGUCGGAGUGCCGAGGUGAGGCUGUGCGUGAUUUCCAUCAGGUCCAGCGAGGCUACGCCAUUUGCCAGACGACACGUCCUGUGUCCUGGGUGGAGUGUCGAGGAUCGUGCCCAGGCCCGGGCUGCUGUGCAGGACUGCGUCUGAAGCGCAGGAAAUACACCUUUGAGUGCAGCGAUGGCUCUUCCUUUGUAGAGGAGGUGGAAAAACCCAGCAAAUGUGGCUGUUCUCAGUGCAUGUAGCCUCCAGCAAGGGACAGGCCAGAGCCAGAGACUAGUGGGACAGGCCUGUCCUAACAGAAGCCUUGGGAAUGGACUUGUUGUCUUCU